AGCUGCUAAAUGACCAUCGUUACAUCAACCACGAGACAGUAAUCAAUCUAAGAGAAUCUGGACAGCACCUCGCGGAACUUCUCAUGGUCCAGUCUGAUGUGGUUAAAGGGUUAUAUGUACGAGAGGUACAGACACUGUCAGCAAAAGAGAGCGGCUACCAUUUCUCGGUGCUAAAUACAUCUGUCGAACAACUGGAGGAGUUUGACAUUGAUGUGUUAGGUAAAGGAAUGGAAGUGCACGCACCAAUGUUAUGGAAUUUGCUUGAUAGACUGCUUUCGGCGAGAAGAAAGGGACAAAACCGAGGUCAUGGCAACAGCGGAGACCCGCAAGUUGGUGAGGAUGAUGUUAGCGAAGACGAAGAGGCUCUUUGGGAGGAACUAGGUGACUUGGAUCUGGAGGAAAUUGUGGAGGGACUCGAGGGGAACAUGUCGAAGAAAAAGAACAGGAUCAUAGCACAGCGAAAUAAGUUGACUACAAUUAAAAAGGUCAUUAUUCUGAGUAUAUUGAUGCAAAGCUCGAACCGAAAUUCAAACGCGCUGCAGAGCAUCGUUGGCAUAUUCCUGCAGUCAGUCCACACACCCCAAAAGGUCAUCGACACGCUAUCGAAAAUGGGUGUUAGUGUGUCCGUCGAUGCAAUAAAUGCAGCAGUACUGUCGUUGUCUGCAGAAUCCCACCGUGCUAUUCAUGCCCUUGACACGCUGGUACACCUCACCUCUGGCUUGCUAUUCCCGCUGCAGCAUGGCGUGACACGCGAAGACUUACGGUGCUCGAUUACACUGUGGGAAAAGUCUCCCCUCAACCUACAGCUCAAUCCGUCAACAGUCACAGCGAAAGGGGGAUGGAAGGACCUACUGCGGUUGCAUCCAGACUCCUUGAAUGCAGCUGGGCUGUCUCGUAGAGACCGCUUCAACUCCUGGAAAAUUCUUUCCGACCUAAUCAAUUACGGACCCCUAUACUUUCGUCAGUUCAAGGACCGACUUGGCGAUCCAGAAACAGUCGAUUCUAUACCUGUCACAAAGACACCCAUUCUCGCAGCACGCGUUAUGCAUCUCAGCAACUCCACAGUAUCCGGAAACAUAAGUUCAGUAGUAGAACUACUGCGACAGGGAGGGAUCGAGGAUCCAGACGAGAUUGAUGAUCCGGACAUGCCGGACAUGUCAGAGUAUGUUGUACUGUUCCACGGCGACCUUGGCUCUGGGGAACGUCUUCAGGCAGCCCAGCAACGACGGUCAAUCGAGGACACACAUUGGAAGCGCCUACAACAUGUAGUUUUCAUCCCCGGUUUGUUUCACUUGAAGAUGGCCGGUGCAGAUGCUAUAUGGCGCACAUUCUUGCAGCAACCGUCAGCACGUGACGAUGAAAAUGCGUUAAUGCACGAUGUUGCAAUUCUGCGUCCAAAAGAAACAGGAAUCUAUGGAUCAAAACCCGGUUUUCGCCACAUGCAUGAACUCGUCACGUACGAUGGUAUAUGUCGACGACUGGAUUGCUGGAGGGUCGAGGCAAAGAAGCAAAAUACUUUGCAUGUGGAUCUUGAUGCAUAUGCGGCAUCAGAGCCUCUGUUCGAUGAGCUGAAAACGAUGGCUGAUCAGCUCGCACAGACAUAUAUCACCAAUCAUGGACUGCGGCGGACAAGGUCCGCAAAUCACUCACAGCGGGACGAGCAAUACGAAAACGGACUCCUCCUAAAUAGAUACUUCCUAUUGUACGAGGAGCUCUCGUAUGCGAUGAACUCGGGGGAUAUCGGCCGUGUGGAGACAUGCAUCGUUGGGUGGAUCUUGAUAUUCAAAGCUACAGGCAAGCAUAAUCGACAUGCAGAGGUGGACAUGACACAAACAUUCAAGCAGCUAUGUAAAUACAUAGCGGAGCAUUCCCCACAUGAACACACACCAGGACGACAUAGCAAAUACUCUAUCCCUGACCUAUUCAGCAAGGGCCAGGAACUAUUAGAUAAAAUGGAGGACGGAGCGGAGGGAGCCGAAGAUCAACUUGAAGCAAUGUUGGAAGAUUUGGUGGUAGAACUAGGCGUAUAG